AUGCCCGUCGACCCUCUCCUGAAUGUCUUUUCUGGAGAACGUGCACUCCAUGACUUCUACGAUCCUGACCAAGGCCCUCUUAUACCACUCGUUGAGCUUCCGGAACGCCUAAACCCAUACCGCAAAGACGGGGUUCGCAUCUAUGCAAAGCUAAUGAGCCACGUUCCCGCAACCAACGUCAAAUCCAUCCCUGCUUUAAAUUUCAUCCUUCGUGGGCAGGAAAAGGGCAAAAUCACCUCCGACACACAUACUCUUGUCGAAUACUCGUCCGGGAGCACCGUCAUCUCGCUCGGGAUUCUCGCCCACAUCUAUGGCAUUCCCAACGUUCACGCUUAUCUCUCCAACAAAACGAGCCAGACCAAGUUAGAGCUGCUCAGGUUUUUUGGACUGGAUUUGACUCUCUUUGGCGGACACGGUCAACCAGAACCGCUUGACCCUAAUGGCGGUAUUUUCACCGCCAAUAUCGAUGGAGCGCAAGAUGGCUUCUACAACCCCGACCAGUAUUCUAACCCAGAGGCUUGUCCUGAUUUAUGUAGCUCGAUGCAAGUUAACGUAGCGUUGAUGCAGAAUUAUGAGUCCCACAUGCGUUGGACAGGACCACAAAUCAUCAAACAGCUUCCCGGCAUCUCCGUAUUCGCUGCCUGUAUUGGGACAUCGGGCACGAUGACGGGAUCAGGUCUUUACCUGAAAUCGGUUAAACCCUCUGUUGCGCGGGUCGGCGUUUGCCCAAAUCCCGGUGAACGUGUUCCUGGCCCACGUAUGGUCAGCCUACUGGCGCCGGUUGAGUUCCCGUGGCGCGAGGCUGUUGACACCAUCGAGGAAGUAGGAACAUUCGAGUCCUACGAGAAAAGUUUGGAACUUUGUCGCAAUGGUCUGCUUGUGGGCCCAUCGUCGGGUUUGGCACUACUUGGGCUCUUCCACUAUCUCGACAAGAAAAUCGCCCAAGGAGAACUCGAGUCUCUUCGCAACGACGACCGCGAAAUUCCCUGUGUCUUUAUUUGCUGCGACCAGCCUUUCCAGUAUAUUUCCGAAUAUUUUGACAAGCUCGGCCCUUCGUAUUUCUUACCUAUUCGCAACGAGGAGCUCAUUGGUGUUGAUUCAUACAAGUAUGGCUACGAUCCUGCAUGA